UUUCUAUUACAGUUGACCAUAGAACUAUGGAGGUAUUAUACUAUCCAGAGGGGAAAAAUAAUUGUCUCUUAUUUCAACCCCUCUAAACAGGAUACCAUACUUGCAGAACUCCUUCAGAUACAUAAGGAACACAUUGUAGGAUAUCAUGAACAUGAUUCUCUUUUGGACCACAAAGAAGAAGAAGAGUUGACUGAAGAAGAAAGAAAAGCAGCUUGGGCUGAGUAUGAAGCAGAGAAGAAGGGACUGACCAUGCGUUUCAACAUACCAACUGGGACCAAUUUACCCCCUGUCAGUUUCAACUCUCAAACUCCUUAUAUUCCUUUCAAUUUGGGAGCCCUGUCAGCAAUGAGUAAUCAACAGCUGGAGGACCUCAUUAAUCAAGGAAGAGAAAAAGUUGUAGAAGCAACAAACAGUGUGACAGCAGUGAGGAUUCAACCUCUUGAAGAUAUAAUUUCAGCUGUAUGGAAGGAGAACAUGAAUCUCUCAGAGGCCCAAGUACAGGCGUUAGCAUUAAGUAGACAAGCCAGCCAGGAGCUUGAUGUUAAACGAAGAGAAGCAAUCUACAAUGAUGUAUUGACAAAACAACAGAUGCUAAUCAGCUGUGUUCAGCGAAUACUUAUGAACAGAAGGCUCCAGCAGCAGUACAAUCAGCAGCAACAGCAACAAAUGACUUAUCAACAAGCAACACUGGGUCACCUCAUGAUGCCAAAGCCUCCAAAUUUGAUCAUGAAUCCUUCUAACUACCAGCAGAUUGAUAUGAGAGGAAUGUAUCAGCCAGUGGCUGGUGGUAUGCAGCCACCACCAUUACAGCGUGCACCACCCCCAAUGAGAAGCAAAAAUCCAGGACCUUCCCAAGGGAAAUCAAUGUGAUUUUGCACUAAAAGCUUAAUGGAUUGUUAAAAUCAUAGAAAGAUCUUUUAUUUUUUUAGGAAUCAAUGACUUAACAGAACUCAACUGUAUAAAUAGUUUGGUCCCCUUAAAUGCCAAUCUUCCAUAUUAGUUUUACUUUUUUUUAAAAAAUAGGGCAUACCAUUUCUUCCUGACAUUUGUCAGUGAUGUUGCCUAGAAUCUUCUUACACACAUUGAGUACAGAAGAUAUUUCAAAUUGUUUUCAGUGAAAACAAAUCCUUCUUCCAUAAUAGUAACAGCUCCACAGAUUUCCUCUCUAAAUUUUUAUGCCUGCUUUUAGCAACCAUAAAAUUGUCAUAAAGUUAAUAAAUUUAGGAAAGAAUAAAGAUUUAUAUAUUCAUUCUUUACAUAGAAAAACACACAGCUGAGUUCUUAGAGUUGAUUCCUCAAGUUAUGAAAUACUUUUGUACUUAAUCCAUUUCUUGAUUAAAGUGAUUGAAAUGGUUUUAAUGUUCUUUUGACUGAAGUCUGAAACUGGGCUCCUGCUUUUUAUUGUCUCUGUGACUGAAAGUUAGAAACUGAGGGUUAUCUUUGACACAGAAUUGUGUGCAAUAUUCUUAAAUACUACUGCUCUAAAAGUUGGAGGAGUCUUACAGUUAUCCUAGCAUUGUAUAAACAGCCUUAAGUAUAGCCUAAGAAGAGAAUUCCUUUUUCUUCUUUAGUCCUUCUGCCAUUUUUUAUUUUCAGUUAUAUGUGCUGAAAUAAUUACUGGUAAAAUUUCAGGGUUGUGGAUUAUCUUCCACACAUGAAUUUUCUCUCUCCUGGCACGAAUAUAAAGCACAUCUCUUAACUGCAUGGUGCCAGUGCUAGUGCUUCAUCCUGUUGCUGGCAGUGGGAUGUGGACUUAGAAAAUCAAGUUCUAGCAUUUUAGGAGGUUAACACUGAAGUUGUGGUUGUUAGGUUCACACCCUGUUUUAUAAACAACAUCAAAAUGGCAGAACCAUUGCUGACUUUAAGUUCACAUGAGGAAUGUGCUUUAACAAUUCCCAGUACUAUCAGUAUUGCGAAAUAAUUCCUCUGAAAGAUAAGAAUCACUGGCUUCUAUGCGCUUCUUUUCUCUCAUCAUGUUCUUUUACCCCAGUUUCCUUACAUUUUUAAAAAUUGUGUCAGAGUUGUUUUUUCUUUAGAUCAUGAGGCAAUUAUUAAAUCAAAAUUAAUUCAUCCAAUACCCCUUUACUAGAAGUUUUACUAGAAAAUGUAUUACAUUUUAUUUUUUCUUAAUCCAGUUCUGUAAAAAUGACCUAUAAUUUUAUUCAUGUACAAUUUUGAUUACUUGAAUUCUUAAAGAAAACAUUGUUUUUGACUAUGGGAGUCAACUCAACAUGGCAAAACCAUUUUGAGAUGAUGAUAUAACAGGUAGUGAAACAGCUUAAGAAUUCCAGAAAAAAAAAAAAAAAAAACUGGGUGUAGGCUUUGCUUUAGGUAUCACUGGAUUAGAAUGAGUUUAACAUUAGCUAAAACUGCUUUGAGUUGUUUGGAUGAUUAAGAGAUUGCCAUUUUUAUCUUGGAAGAACUAGUGGUAAAACAUCCAAGAGCACUAGGAUUGUGAUACAGAAUUUGUGAGGUUUGGUGGAUCCACGCCCCUCCCCCCCACCUUCCCAUGAUGAAAUAUCACUAAUAAAUUCUGUAUAUUUAGAUAUUAUGCUAGCCAUGUAAUCAGAUUUAUUUAAUUGGGUGGGGCAGGUGUGUAUUUACUUUAGAAAUAAUGAAAAAGACAAGAUUUAUGAGAAAUAUUUGAAGGCAGUACACUCUGGCCAACUGUUAUCAGUUGGUAUUUCUACAAGUUCAGAAUAUUUUAAACCUGAUUUACUAGACCUGGGAAUUUUCAACACGGUCUAAUUAUUUACUCAAAGACAUAGAUGUGAAAAUUUUAGGCAACCUUCUAAACCUUUUUCACCAUGGAUGAAACGAUAACUUAAAGAAUAAUACUUAGAAGGAUUAAUUGGAAAUCAGAGUUUGAAAUAAAACUUGGACCACUUUGUAUACACUCUUCUCACUUGACAUUUUAGCUACAUAAUAUGUACUUUGAGUAUAACAUCAAGCUUUAACAAAUAUUUAAAGACAAAAAAAUCACGUCAAUAAAAUACUAAAAGGCUCAUUUUUAUAUUUGUUUUAGAUGUUUUAAAUAGUUGCAAUGGAUUAAAAAUGAUGAUUUAAAAUGUUGCUUGUAAUACAGUUUUGCCUGCUAAAUUCUCCACAUUUUGUAACCUGUUUUAUUUCUUUGGGUGUAAAGCGUUUUUGCUUAGUAUUGUGAUAUUGUAUAUGUUUUGUCCCAGUUGUAUAGUAAUGUUUCAGUCCGUCAUCCAGCUUUGGCUGCUGAAAUCAUACAGCUGUGAAGACUUGCCUUUGUUUCUGUUAGACUGCUUUUCAGUUCUGUAUUGAGUAUCUUAAGUACUGUAGAAAAGAUGUCACUUCUUCCUUUAAGGCUGUUUUGUAAUAUAUAUAAGGACUGGAAUUGUGUUUUUAAAGAAAAGCAUUCAAGUAUGACAAUAUACUAUCUGUGUUUUCACCAUUCAAAGUGCUGUUUAGUAGUUGAAACUUAAACUAUUUAAUGUCAUUUAAUAAAGUGACCAAAAUGUGUUGUGCUCUUUAUUGUAUUUUCACAGCUUUGAAAAUAUGUGCACAUGUUUCAUAGAAAAUGUAUAGCUUUUGUUAUCCUAUAUAAUGGUGGUUCUUUUGCACAUUUAGUUAUUUAAUAUUGAGAGGUCACAAAGUUUGGUUAUUGAAUCUGUUAUACUAAAUUCUGUAAAGGGAGAUCUCUAAUCUCAAAGAGAAUUUACAUACCAGGAAGCCCAUGUGUGUUUGUGUUAGUUUUGGAUGUCUUUGUGUAAUCCAGCCCCAUUUCCUGUUUCCCAACAACUGUAACACUCAUUUUAAGUCAAGCAGGGCUACCAACCCACACUUGAUAGAAAAGCUGCUUACCAUUCAGAAGCUAUAGCAGGUAGAUGGAAACCUUAUUAUCUGGCCUCCAAAGAAGCUGAAUAUUUUAUAGCCUUCCCUUAGCUAUGUUCAUUUUCCCUCCAUUAUCAUAAAAUCAGAUCCAUAUUUAUGUGCCCCAAACAAAAUUUAAGAGCAGUUACAUAUCUGUCCCGGUAGCCCUUGUUUCUUUUGAGGGUAACAUGUUGUGAGGCUGUAGAGACUUACUCAACAGUAAAACAGGUCAAUCCUUUUACAUGUCUUAUUAUACUAAAAAUUAUGUUCAGGGUAUUACUAUUUUAUUUCACCAGACUCAGUCUCAAGUGACUUGGCUAUCUCCAAAUCAAAUCUAUCCUUAGAGAUUAAACAUUUUUCUACCGUUAAUUUUUUUCAAGUCUAUAAUCUGAGCCAGUCCCCAUGGAGUGACCAAGUUUCAGAAAUGCUUUCAUCUUCGCAACAUUUUAUAUAUACUAUUAUAUGGGGUGAAUAAAGUUUUAAAUCCGAAAU